UUUUUAAGAUGAAGAGUGGGAAUGGUGCUCACUCAGAUAAUGUUAUGUGCAUCAUGUGAUAGAAAGAGAGUGCAGGCUGGGUACCUGCAAUCUGUAAGCCUGUCUGCCUCCUUAAGAGGAUCUAAGCUGUGCCUGGUAAAUCAAGGCUUGCAUCUCACAUCUAAACACCCUGGGCAGCUGUCCCUUGUGUAAAAAUAAGUAUACUUACUACCUGUUAGGGGAAUCAUAUCUAACCCUAUAGUUCCAUCUUGGUCUUUUUGUUUCUAGAGACAGAAUUCUCCCUACAACAGGCAGAGGAUAUCAGAUUGCAGGAAAGUGAGACACCUAGAGUGCGAAUGGGGCUCAGGUAGCGCUAUGUGCAAGAGAGGGGGAGAAAGCCAGGGCUGGGUACCUGCAAUCUGUAAGCCUGUCUACCUCCUCCAUAAGACUCCACACUGUGCCUAAUAGAGCUAUUUUGUAUCUCUCUUUCUCCAAUGAACAAACCUUGACCUGGGGACCUCUACAAAGCUUAGUGCUCACCUAAUGCCUAUUCUAUCUUGCUCAUAUAGUUACAAUGUAAAACAGCCGCCAUAAGUACUAGUCAUAUGCAAACAUAUGCGGAGACAGUGUGCUGACAUAGGGGAAACAGACACGAAAAUGGGCACCUGGAACUGUAUAAUGGUCGUACUCCUGGCGCUGCUGUCGGUUCUGUCAUCCGGCUAUGGACACCUGUCAUAUACUCACCCAGGCUCCAUUAUGUACAGAUAUGGUCCGGCUUACAAGGACAUGCUCACCGAAUUUGAGGAUGAUGGCGGCACGGACAGCAUCGCCCUGACACACUCAUUUACAUACUUUGAUGAAAUUCACAGAAGUCUUUUUGUCAACAACAAUGGGGCUAUCUCAUUUAAAACACCGGUGACUGCUUACACUCCCGACGGGUUUCCUCUCCCUGAAUACACUAUGAUCUGCCCCUACUGGGCAGAUUGUGACAAUGAAAUUAAUGGGACCAUAGGUUUCAGGCAGACGACAGAACCAGAAUUUAUGAAACAAUUAUCCGAUGACAUCAAUGGGGCAUUUGAAGGCUUAGAGUUUGAAGCAGAUUGGGCCUUCGUUGCGACCUGGGAUGAAGUAGCAUAUCACGGAUCUGAAUCCGACAAGACAAACACCUUCCAGUGCGUCCUUGUCGUUGACAACCGCAGAUCUGUUGUCAUAUUUAACUACCACGAUAUCCAGUGGACAACCGGCACAGCCAGCGGAGGACAUCCACUGACUGGUCUUGGAGGCAUCCCUGCCCAGGCUGGAUUUAACACAGGUAACACAUACUUCAACAUGCCCAACUCCAGAACCGAGCACAUCCUGAACGUUAAGUCUUCCAGCAAUGUCGGCAAGCCCGGUCGCUGGAUGUUCCAAGUGGAUGAAGCGAGACUGAAGGCUCCUGGUGGCUGCUUUCACCAAGAUACUUUCCUACAUUACGGACAAACCAUCUGGACUGAUGAAAAAUGCGGCGAAAAGUGUUCCUGCAAGCACCAAGGGAAAAUGCAAUGCGAAGACAAGGGUUGCGACGAAGGUCACGUGUGUGCGCCCUCAGGACGACACUUCAUGUGCCAGAUCGACGAGAUAGACUGCUAGGUCUCCGCGAACUUCUCGUCAUGGGUCCUGGAGCCUCGGCUCUGCUCCCCUCGCUUACCUUCCUCUCUCUCUAUCGGCUCUUAUACAAGAUUAUAUAGAUGGAACAGAGCAGAAUGAUCACUUAACGUUCCACCAUCGCCCAAAAAAAGUCUCCAGACAAAUCAUCGGAGAGAAGACGUCUCUUCUCCAGUACACGCCGUGGUGUCCUACUCUGAUCUCAAACCAUGGAAGGAUAGAAGACCGUCAUUUGGUCCAUCAUUCCUCGGCUUUCGACGAAUGUAAAGAUUCAAAGAAAGUUUAUUUUUCAAUUCCGUUUUUUUCUUUUUAUUCCUGAACAACAUGAAAUAAAUAUCUCAGCUCUUUUCUGCAGUUAAUCUGACUUCUUCAGUGUCCACCUUCAUGGCGACCUCCGUCAUUUACAUAGAGGACGGGCAGGGAUCCGAGAGUGAAGACUUCCGAGUCUCAGACUCCAUACGUUCUACGGUCCCGCUCAAGGUUUUGGCGCUUUAGGGUUGAGACAUUGGUGGCACAUUGGGAUUACUGGGCACAAAGAAGAAGGUUCUCUGUCCACUUGACCGGAAGCUUGAGCGGGAAGUAGGAAUUUCCAGAUUCCGGCACAAGAUUUCCUGUCAAUUUGUAAGGAACUAGAAGCUGAGAUGGCGAUGUCCUCUCCAUAGGGUGGGAAUCUCUAUGACUCUCUAUCAUUAAAGGGGUACUCUGCCCCUAGACCAGUGGUCCUCAACCUUUUUGGCGACUGUACCCCCAAAGGCUGAAAGUACGUUGGUGGGUACCCCUCGCGCGAAACUUACGCGAGGGGUACCCGCGGACAAAAGGCGUGUGCUUACCU